AUGAGCAGCCCCGACGCCGCCUCAAGAGACAAAUUCUACGAGGACCUGCACGCACUCUUGGGGACUGUGUCGAAGGCGGACAAGCUGAUUGUCCUUGGUGACUCCCCGCCCGCGUUGGCACAGACCAUGCUGCCUGCAGAGGAAUGCUGGGUGCCCAUGGUCUCCGCGGCACAAAAGACAAUGGUCUGUUACUUCUCCGCACCUGCGCAGAACACCGCCUCAUCCUGA